AUGGUCUCCAGUCCUCUUGCCAUGUUGGCCACUCCCCGGGCUGAGGUGCUGGAGGAGGUGCUGAGGGAGCAGUUUGGGACCCGGCCCCAGUUAGCAGCCAUCAGCCGGAUGAAGAGGCAGCCGUCGGGCGCCUACACCUCCACGGAGGACUUGAAGGAGGUGCUGGAGAGGCGGCAGGUGGCCAACGCCAAGGAACGGGAGCGGAUAAAAAAUCUAAAUCGUGGAUUUUCCAAAUUGAAGGCCAUUGUGCCACUCCUUCCCAAAGACAGGAAGCCCAAUAAGGUUGACAUUCUUAAAACGGCAACUGAAUAUAUACGCCUUCUGCGUGAGAUUUUAGAAGACACCAAAGACUUUGAGACUGCAGCAGUAGAGAGUAGGUGGGGAUUGCAGCAAUGUUUCUUUGGAAGCUGCACUGGGGCCCAUAACCCACUAGAGGGGGCUCUGUCUGCACCCCGGGUCCUUCCCUUUGGCUAUAAGGGAGGGGACUGGAAAGAAAACCUUUGUCAUCCAGCAGCAGCCUCUGUUGCCUUUGAUUACCAUUCAAGUGAAGGAGCUGUGCGCUGGACAGGGCAUUGUCAGCCAGGUGUGGGCAGAGAGGACAUCCCCAGUGCUCUGACAAGUGUGGGGCUGAGGAUGGAUGGAAAAGGACCCUCUGCAGAUUAG